AUGAAGACGCAGAAAGGAGGGCAGAAAAGACGGAGAGGGGAUGAGAGAGAUUCUUUGUUGUGGAGUGUGAUCGUGAAUAACGACGAUAUUUGUUUCGCUCAUAUUUUGCCGAGAUUGAAUGGGACUGAUGUGAAAUUCUUGUACGAGGUGAAUAGUGAAACGAGAAAGUUGAUUAAGAGAUCGUCUCGCAAGGAGGAGUUGAAGAAGGGGUUUAAAGUGAACGAGAUGUCGUCGAUAUCGACUUUGGAAGUUGCGUGGGAGAAUAAAUCGUUGUGGCCGGGUGACUGGGAAAAGGGAAUAUCUUUCUGCAAUCGAGUUGUUCUAACGAAUAAACUCGAGUUGCUCAAGUGGGCGCGAGAGGAGAAAAAGUGUAAGUGGGGCCACUGGGAUAGAUGGACGAUUAGAACGGCCGCAAAAAAAGGUAAUCUGGAAAUGGUAAAGUAUUGCGUGGCGAAUGAGUGUCCUGUUGAUGAGUGGACGUGUAAAUGCGCUGCCCGAUACGGACAUCUCGAGGUACUCAAAUACUUACGCGAAGAAGCGAAAGCGCCAUGGGAUUCGCAUACUGCCGAAUGGGCGGCUCAAAAUGGUCAUCUUCACAUACUCGAAUAUCUUGUUGAGCGUAAGUAUGAUCAAUAUAGCGUAUUGGCAUGUGAGGUUGCAGCCCAGAACGGCCACUUAGACUGUUUGAAGUACUUGCACGAAGCCGCGAAAGCGCCUUGGGACGAGGACUCUGUACGAGGAGCAUACAAGUACAAACACCCCGAGUGUUUACAAUACCUCCUCGACAAUAACUGUCCUCUCCCAGACGGUUGGCGAUACGAACAUGGCACUUUACAUACACCUUCGUGGUGA